AUGUUGGAAAAGAAAGAUAUCACCUUUGGUGAGGCUCGAAAAAUCUGUGAGCAAAGUGACGAUUUUUGUGCUGCCACAAAUGCGGAUACUCCUGUGUUAUUCCAUCGGCGAUCAACGAAACCCUUACGUGACGCACCCAAUGUUCAUAAUCCACCCCAGGUUCCUCAAGUAUUCAGUUCAAGCCGAACACAACCGAAGGCUGCGACCAACCGUUGCUUUUCAUGUGGUGAAUACUAUCUUCGUUCGACUUGUCGAUUCCGUAAUGCCACUUGCCAUGCAUGCGGCCAUAUCCGCAAAGUAUGCUGA